CAGAUGUAGUGCUCAUUGUGGCAGAAUUGCAGUGCACUGGACUGUACAGAGCAGGGUAGCAUCCAGGCUGUUGUCUGUGAGGGGUGGGGUCCGGCUACACUGAUACCACCAAACGUAAGCUUACAGAGAGGCAGAAAAGGAGAGAAAAAGAGAGAGAAGAGGGGGGAAGAUUGCACCUGAAGAGGACUCUAAUACGGGAUGAAAGGAGACACCCCGGUGAACAGCAGCAUGAGCGUCGGUCAAGCCAGGAAGCUGGUGGAACAACUGAAGAUAGAGGCGAGUUUCUGCAGGAUAAAGGUAUCAAAGGCAGCGGCAGACCUGAUGGCGUACUGCAACGCACACUCCUGCGACGACCCGCUGAUCACCCCCGUGCCCACCUCAGAGAACCCUUUCAGGGAGAAGAAAUUCUUCUGCGCUCUGCUUUGAGACCAAUC